UUAUUUCAGGUUUUAUUUUCGUUUUCAUCCGCAUUUAAAAGUUGUUUUUGAUGGUUAUGAACUACUGAUUCAACCCAUUCCCACAUUAGUUUUCGUUUUCAUCUAAAUUUACAACUUCUAAUUCAGUUUUCGUUUUCAAUAUAGUUUUAGAUGAAAAUUAGGGUUGAGCGAACGAACCUGAUUUCUCCAUUACAGCUUGAAUCUAGGGUUUUUUCCGAUAGAUGUCUCAGUUUGGAUCAACAAAGCAAUAAAGUCCUUAAUCUCACUAUUCUUCAGCUAUUCGAUCCUUCCAUUCAACAAACAAACCUGAUUUCUUCUUACUGCUGCUCAUGUCGCCUUCUACGAAUUCAACGUUUCUCUUGGACAAUGGAAAGCCGUUAACAAACCCUCCAUUUGCACGGCUGAUGAGCUUCACUAUGUUCAAGUAGUUGACUCUAAUUGGCUUCUUACUCUUUGGCGUAAUCAUCCCAAUUCUCAGGUGCUGGCAAAGUGUUGUCAAAACAGCCCUGAAGCAUAUCGAAAGUGUUGCUCCUCCCAACUCUUCCACUUGUACAGAGAAAUGGAGGCUUAAAUAGGAACCAAUAUCAAUUUUGUGCAAGAAUAUAUGGUUUCCUCUCUAUUCUCUUUUACCCUUUUCAAUUUUUUUCAUCAACUCCCAAGUGCUAAUUUUCAAGACGGAAUCAAGUGUAGAAUUUUCUAAUAAACUCAAAUCACUGCUAUCUCAAUGAUACUCGAAGUUUCUCCUUCAAACUUUUCUUUGUUUUGUAGUCAUCAAUCUAAUAGCUUUUCACCAGAAAGAAGCACAAAAGGCCAGAUUUGCAGAGACUACGAAUUCCAAAUUUGCAGAGAGCUCAAUAGAGUUCUAACUUAUAAGGAUUAAAAGGAGAGUCAGUAGGCUAGAAGUUAAGGAUUCAAUUUAUGUUCACAGCAAGCUUAUUUAGGAACUAGCUGCUCUUCAACCAAAGCAUCAGCUGAAAGCAUCCAGAGAUUUGAGGAUGCCAAAGAAAAGAUCAGAAAGAUGUUUAACAAAGUUGAACUUUCAGUGUCAGCUUAUGACACAGCAUGGGUAGCAAUGGCUUCUUCUCCUGCUGCUCCUACUGCUCCUUGUUUUCCAGGGACCAUAAACUGGAUAUUAGAAAACCAAAUGAAAGAUGGCUCGUGGGGUUUCCAUGAUCGUUGUGAUACUUCUCUUGUUAAAGACGCUCUUUCCUCGACCUUAGCUUGUGUUCUUGCACUGAAAAUAUGGUCUAUUGGUGAAGAACAGAUGACAAAGGGGCUUGACUUCAUUGUGUCGAAUUUUGCUUCAGCAAUGGAUGUAGACCAGCAUUCUCCAAUUGGAUUUGAUGUCAUUUUUCCUAGCAUGAUUGAAAAAGCUCUUGAUAUGGAUGUAAAUCUUCAUUUGGCUUCCACAGAUAUUGAUAUUGUGCUCCAAAUGAAGGAUCAAGAGCUCAAAAGAAUUCACGGGAAGAAGUUGAUAGCAAGGAAUUACUAUUUGGCAUACAUUUCAGAAGCAAUGGCCAAAUCAGAAGACUGGAGAAUGAUAAUGAAAUAUCAAAGGAAGAAUGGUUCACUGUUCAAUUCACCUUCUACAACAGCAGCAGCUUUUUCCGAGCUCCACGAUACACAUUGUUACAGUUACCUGUCUUCAAUCUUGCAGAAAUAUGGAAAUGCAGUUCCAACCAUAUGUCCAAUCGAAGCAUAUUUCAGGCUAUAUUUGGUUGACACCCUACAAAAACUGGGAAUUCAUGGGUACUUUAAGGAAGAGAUUAGUUCUGUACUAAAUGAAAUUUUCAGACAAUGGAAACAAGGCGAUGAUGAAAUAUUCUCCGAUGUUACCACCAUGAUGGCAUUUCGGCUGUUGCGAGAGCAUGGAUACGAUGUCUCCACUGAACGGUUGGCUGAAUAUCACGACAAAGGGUUCUUGUUCAACAAAUUUGGAGGACACUUUGAAGACACAAGAGCUGCUUUGGAAUUCUUUAAAGCAUCGCAGCUUAGAGUACAUGACCAUGAACCUUAUUUAGAGGAGCAAACAUCAAUUUUAAGGAACUUUCUUGAAAGAAAAAUUUCAGAACAUCCAGCAAUGGCAGACAGGCUUAGCAAAAAUCUACUCCAAGAGGUAGUUGACGCCCUGAAGAAUCCCGUCUAUGGCAGUUUAGAGCGAUUAGAAAGCAGAAAAUUCAUUGAACAUGGUAACUUGGCUGAAUUUAGAGUUCUCAAAUCUUCUUUAAGCUGUACUAAUUUCUGCUACAAAGUUCUCCUAGAACUAGCAAAGAAUGAUUUUCGAUAUUGUCAAUCAAUACAUAUGCAGGAAUUCAAACAGCUUCAAAGAUGGCUUGCGGAGAGUAAACUAGACCAGCUAACUUUUUCUAGGCAGAAACUCAGUUACUGCUACUUCUCUGCUGCAGCAAGUCUUUCAUCCCCCAAACUAUCUGAUGCCCGCAUCUCAUGGGCUAAGAACAGCGUACUCACUACCGUGAUUGAUGACUUCUUUGAUGUUGGCAGCUCUAAAGAGGAGCAACUAAAUCUUAUACAGUUGGUUGAAGAGUGGGAUCCAAAUAAAAGGCUUCAAGCUAGUUCAGAGAAAGUUCAUAUUAUAUUUUCAGCUCUCUCAAACACAAUUUGUGAAAUCGGAAAUAAAGCAUACACAUGGCAAGAUCAUAGCGUCACAAAACACAUAGUCGAGAUUUGGCUAAGUCUAUUAAAGUCAAUGUGGAACGAAGCAGAGAUCCAAAGGAACAUGUCAGUACCUUCAAUGGAAGAAUACAUGGAAAAUGGCUACAUAUCUUUUGCCUUGGGACCAAUAGUUCUUCCAGCACUCUAUUUUAUUGGCCCCAAACUGUCUGAAGAGAUUAUUAGAAGUGAAGAAUACCAUGAUCUAUUUAAGCUGAUGAGCACUUGCGGACGCCUCCUUAACGACUUUCAAGGUUUUCAAAGGGAAGCAGAGCAUGGAAAGCUGAACGCUGUGUCUCUGCUCAUGCUUCAAGGGAAUGGAAAUGUCAGCAAAGAAGAUGCUAUACUAGAAAUCAAACGGACAGUCGAUAGCAAAAGAAGAGAGCUCCUAAGAUUGGUAUUGCAACCAGGCAAUGGAGGUGUAGUUCCAAAAGAGUGUAGAGAGGUGUUCUGGAAAAUGAGCAAGGUAUUGCACCUAUUUUACUUAAAGGAAGACGGGUUUACGUCUGAAGAGAUGGCUGGUGAUGUGAAGGCAAUUCUCCAUGACCCAUUGAAAACUUAAUGCGGUGUUUGGUAAAUGGUGGCUGAUUGUAGUGGCUAAUUUUAUAAUUGUUUUUAUUGACUGAUUUGCGUAAAAUGGUUAUAACCUUAUAAUAGUAUCUAUUUGAAAAUACUAGAUAAAACAGAGUUGAUAUGGAUAAAUUGAAAAUUACAGGUACCAAACAUAUUGGCACGAA